CAAUCAUAGGCUGGCAGGAAAGCAAUGACUAUUUGUCACUCCUUUCAAAGAGGAGGAAAACAGUUGGUGGCAAAUACACAGUAACAUUAAGAACCCAGCAGAGAGAUUGAAUCUCCUUUUCUCCAUGCCUGGAUACUCAGAGUUUUACUUCAAUGUGGACCAUGGCUACUUGGAAGGUCUGGUCCGAGGGUUCAAAGCCGGGAUCUUGACUAGUGCAGACUAUGUCAAUUUAGCACAGUGUGAGACAUUAGAAGAUCUGAAGUUACAUCUACAGACAACAGACUAUGGCAACUUCCUGGCUAAUGAGUCUGGUCCUCUCACUAUUUCCACCAUUGAUGAUAAACUGAAAACGAAGCUGCUCACGGAAUUUCAUUACUUCAGAAACCAUGCUUUUGAACCACUCACUACUUUUCUGAAUUUUAUCACAUACAGCUACAUGAUUGACAAUGUAAUUCUUCUAAUAACUGGCACAUUACACCAGCGACCCAUAGCUGAACUUGUUCCCAAGUGUCAUCCACUGGGAAGUUUUGAGCAAAUGGAAGCAGUCAGCAUUGCCUCAAACCCCACUGAGCUGUUCAAUGCAAUUUUGGUUGACACACCAUUAGCUGCUUUCUUUCAAGACUGCUUGUCUGAAAAUGACCUGGAUGAAAUGAACGUUGAAAUAAUGCGCAACAAACUGUACAAGUCUUAUCUUGAGGCAUUCUACAAGUUUUGCGAAAAACAAGGAGGUACUACAGCAGAAAUAAUGAAACCUAUUCUUGAGUUUGAAGCAGAUAGACGUGCCUUUAUCAUCACUAUUAAUUCAUUUGGCACUGAGCUGAGUAAAGAAGACAGAGAGAAGCUAUAUCCAACCUGUGGAAAACUCUAUCCAGAAGGCUUACAUCUGUUGGCCAAUGCAGAUGACUACGAGCAAGUGAAGUGUGUUGCAGAUUACUACGCAGAAUACAAGGCUGUGUUUGAAGGUGUAGGGAAUGACAGUGGAGAAAAGACACUUGAAGAUGCAUUUUUUGAACAUGAGACUAUUUUCAUAAAAUAGAUAAGAAAAUAAUCCUGUACCCCAAAACAAAUCAACGAACUUGGUCUGUGAUUUCUCUGAAAACAUGUGGACUAGCAUGUUCAUUAUCAAAGUUAAUGUGAUACAUCCUGGGAAGAAGAGGAAAAAACAAGACUUUUACGUUUGAGAAAUACAAGUUAACCCUCUCCCCCCAGACAUAAUUUUUCAUUUCACUCAUAAGAAAACCUGUACCAUGGGGACAUUGGCCUUCCUAACCAAUUUUGUAAUAUUAUUACACGCAGAUAGAAUGUUGAACCACUUUCAAAUAAAGUGUUGAUUAACUGACAGUUUGGAAACUCAUUAUUGCAAGUAAAAGUUAACAAAUUACAUGUAAUUUGGAAAAAAAAUCUUUAAAAGAACUGUGCACCAGCUACGUUUCAUGUUUCACUGCCUACAAUAAUAAUACUGUGUAUGGACAGAAAGCUUACAGAUUUCUGUUAUUCCAGAUGAUCCAUCUUCUCCCACUUUUCUCUUUUCAACUUUGUGUCAGUUUUUCUCCUACUAAUCAGCCCAUGAAGGUAAGAUAGUGGUGGGUAGUACU